AUGGAGAUGGAGAUGGAGCAACUACUGAGCAUGGGUUUUCCUGAUGAAUUGGCGGCUCAAGCUCUGGCGGCCACCGGUGGCAAAUCAACUGUCAAAGCCACCGAGUGGAUUCUCUCCCAAAAAUCAUCACCUCAUCAUCCUACUCCUAAUAACAACCCAUCUUCCACUUCAAACAACAACCCAAAGCCAAAUGGAUUCUUCCAACAGCCAAAACUAGACCGCUUCUUUCGUUUCCCAUCACCAAAACCGCCACAAAUACCAUCCUCCUCCUCCAAUUCUCCCACCCAAACGCCCACACCACCACCACAAGAAGAACACGAGGAUUUAUUAACACUAUCAACCCCUAAUCCAAUCCCUAUUCCUCCCUCUUCUAAACGUCCCAAAUUACUUAUUCCAUCAUCCACCUCAACUCCUCCUAAUCAUACUACUACUAGUGAUCAGCCCUUAUCCGAACGCAUGCGGCACGAGGAUUUAUUAACACUAUCAACCCCUAAUCCAAUCCCUAUUCCUCCCUCUUCUAAACGUCCCAAAUUACUUGUUCCAUCAUCCACCUCAACUCCUCCUAAUCAUACUACUACCAGUGAUCAGCCCUUAUCCGAACGCAUGCGGCCGCGCUCGAUCGAUGACGUUAUCGGCCAGGACCUCCUUCUUUCCCAAAACUCUCUCCUCCGCUCUGCUAUCCGUUGCACCCGCAUCCCUUCUAUUAUCCUCUGGGGCCCUCCUGGUACUGGUAAGACCUCAAUUGCUCGUGCUAUUGUCAAUUCCGCUAACUCUCACGGCUUGUCUUCCUAUCGUUUUGUUUCUUUGUCUGCUGUUACAUGUGGAGUUAAGGAUGUUAGGGAUAAUGUUGAAGAUGCUAGGAAGUUCAAACUUAAGAAUGGUAAAAGGACUGUCCUUUUUCUUGAUGAGGUUCACAGGUUUAACAAGUCUCAGCAGGAUUCUUUCUUGCCUGUUAUUGAAGAUGGUACCAUUGUGUUUAUUGGGGCCACUACUGAGAACCCUUCUUUCCAUUUGAUCACACCAUUGCUUUCUCGCUGUAGAGUUCUCACGCUUUCCCCUUUAGAGCCUCGCCAUGUACAGACCAUUUUAAUGCGCGCAGUGAAUGAUCCUGACAAUGGAUUAUCUAAGAGCUUAGGGGAUUUGGGAGUUGAUGUGAGUGAGGAUGCUAUUGAAUUUUUAUCGAUGAAUUGCGAUGGUGACGCGCGUGUGGCGUUGAAUGCCUUGGAAGUUUCUGCUACAACUGCAGCUGCACGAGUGAAAAGUGAUGGGGAUUUGAGUUUGGCGAGUGUUACCUUGGAUGAUGCCAAGGAGGCGCUUCAAAGCAAGCAUCUUGCUUAUGAUAGAGCAGGGGAAGAGCAUUAUAAUCUCAUAAGUGCACUUCACAAGUCUAUGAGAGGAAGCGAUGCAGAUGCAUCCAUUUAUUGGUUGGUGAGGAUGUUAGAAGGAGGCGAACAGCCUCUUUAUAUUGCAAGGCGUUUGGUAAGGUUUGCAAGUGAGGAUGUUGGCUUGGCUGAUCCUCUAGCACUUAACCAGGCUGUUGCUUGCUACCAAGCUUGCCAUUUCUUGGGCAUGCCCGAGUGCGAUGUGAUUCUUGCUCAGUGUGUAGCUUACUUGGCUUUGGCUCCUAAAUCCAUAUCUGUCUAUCGAGCAAUGGGAGCUGCACAGAAGGUUGUUAGAGAAUCAGUCGGACAAAAUGAAGGAGUGCCAAUUCAUUUGAGAAACGCACCUACCAAGUUAAUGAAAGAGCUUGGGUAUGGGAAGGACUAUAUCUACACUCCUGAUGAUCCCACUGCAAAACAGAGCUUUUUACCACCUUCGCUCCAGGGCUACAAGUUCCUUGAUUGGCCAGCCAGUGAUGCCAAUAAUAGAUGA